AUGCUGUCUCUCUCACAGCACGCCGGCGACUUGAACUUUCUCGAUCUUGAGCUACUCCAUCACUACUGCAACUUCACCGCUCAGACUCUGUCUGAGAACCCCCUCUUGCGCGAGUUUUGGCGCAUAAACGUUGUAAAGCUGGGGCUUGAGUGUGACUAUGUCAUGCGGAGCAUACUAUCCCUAUCGGCACUUCACAUAGCAUACUUGAGCCCGGAAAGGAAAGACAAUCUGCUGGAAAAGUCCAUGGCCCAUCACGAGAUGUCCUCGCGGACGGCCGUCAGCUUGAUGCAGCAUGUUCAAGACGAUAACAAGGCGCCGCUGUUCAUUUUCUCGGUCUUGACCAUUUACAUUGUGCUGGCCAAUUCUCAAUACCUGCACGACGCGUCCGUGGCUUCCGCAGAACAGAGCCCCGACUGGAUCGUGUUGUUCUGCGGGACAAGAUACUUGGUCGGAGAACCGAACAACAAUCCACUGAUCGCACCCAUCAUCAGCCGGACGGUCGCGCAAUUCCAGUUCAGAGAGGCCCCGUGCCACCACACUCAUCUCGGGGACCUGGAAGCCAACAUCAACGCGUCGGAGAGGGACGACGGGUUGUUGGCCAUAUACAACUAUGCCAUAAACGAGCUGUACAAGUCAUACGGAGUCUUCUACGAGAGCUCGGAGCCGCAAGAUAUCAUUGAUGUCUUUAUUUGGAUUGCCAUGGUUGCCGACGACUUUCUGCCACUUCUACGGGAGUCCAGACAGAAGGCCUUGGUGAUUUUCCUACAUUUCUGCAUGCUCCUGCGGCAGCUUCGUAGCCAGUGGUGGCUGGACGUUUGGGCUAGCAAUCUGUAUGCAAAGACGUACGAAUUGCUUGACGACGAGCAUAGAUCGUGGAUUAGAGACCCAACAAUGGAAACCACCGAUAUUUGCAUUUGA